AUGAAGUUCCAGGCUUGGGCUCUGCUCCUCUUCAUUUCCCUGGCAAGCGCUGACGAGCUUGCCCGGAAGACACCCCAGUUUAAUUUCAAAGACAAGAGAUUCAAACAGUACAAGGCUCCUGGCCCUAACGACUCCCGAAGUCCUUGUCCCGGGCUCAACACUCUUGCAAACCACGGCUUUCUCCCUCACGACGGGCGCAAUGUCAACAUUGUCCAGCUCAUCAUCGGCGCCUUUGUGGGCCUGGGUGUAGACCCGGGCAUCAGUGCGGUUGUGGGCGCCAUCGGAUACGCUUCGUCGCAUAACAUCUUCAAGUUGGGCUUCGACUUGGAGGAUCUGCGGAACCAUCUCUUCCUCAUCGAGCACGACUGCAGCUUCACGCGCGAGGACGCCGCCAUCGGAAACAACAACGUCUUCGACCCCAAGCUCUGGAAAAUCGUAUUGAACGAGCUCAAGAAGAGCAAGGGCUCGAAAGUCACGCCGAGUUCCAUGGGAAGAGCCAAGAGCGCGCGGAUAGAGGACGCGCUGAAGCGCAACCCCAGGACGGUAUAUGGACCUCGAGCCGCUGCCUUUGGGGCCAUUGAGGUCGGGCUGGUCAUGUCAGCGCUGGGCCCGCUUGGCAGCGCGCCGCUGUCCUAUGUGCGCAGCUUCUUCGAGGAAGAGCGCAUGCCCACCCACCUUGGCUGGAAGCCGCGACCGCUGGGUGUCAAUAUAGUUACAUCGCUGGCCUGGGGUGUCGUAUCCUUGGCCUCGGACCCUCACUUGAUCAAGCACGCAGGUGGAGUGAUUCUUGGCACGCCCGGGGACAUUCUCGGGCCGCUGUUUUCGAUAGGGAAGCCGAGCGGUUUCGGGAAGCACGAGGGCGGCGGUGGUGGGAAGCAAAUGGGUGGCGGCAAGCAGGGCGGUUUCGGGAAGCUCUUCGGCGGCGGGAAACUAUUUGGCGGUGGGAAGCACGGCCGUGGCAGGACGCGCGAAGACGUGAUGUCGAUUGCUCGGGCUUUGGUGGAGGCUGCUGGGUUCAAUUCGACCAGCGUGGAUGCAAUCGAGGCCAUGCUGGACGAUUGGACGCCGCCGGGAGAAACAUUGGCAGCUAACUAA